AAUUGCAUUAUCAUUCAUUCUCUCCACUUUCAAACCUAUCAGCUACAAACUCAGAUCUCCUUUUUUGAGUUCAGACACAAAAACACAGACCCAUUGCCAUUUCCAUUGCUUUCUCUCAUUUUUGAGUGCAGAGAGCGUUGGAAAAACAAAACACUGUUUUACCCUGUGCCCUGCUGUUUCUCCUCUUCUUUUGAUAGUUAACAAUAUCAGGGAUCAUGAAACAUAAAGAUGGGAAACCAGGUCCCCACGGGGAUAGAGGUUCAAGGGCUGUCCCCAUUUCAAUCAUGUUUGUUGUGCUGUGCGGAUUUUCAUUUUAUCUUGGUGGAAUCUUUUGUUCUGAGAGGAACAGGUUUGAAACCAAGAUUGUUGCAAAAGAUGUCCAAUCUCCCAAGGAAUCUUCAGUCACUCCUCUCCAAAUUAAACCCAUUAAGUUUGCUGAAUGCAGCAGUGACUAUCAAGACUACACUCCAUGCACAGAUCCAAGGAGAUGGAAGAAGUAUGGUUUACAUCGGCUAACUCUCAUGGAACGCCACUGUCCUCCUAUAUCUGAAAGGAAGGAAUGCUUGGUUCCACCCCCUAAUGGGUACAAAGUGCCAAUCAAAUGGCCACAGAGCAGGAAUGAGUGUUGGUACAGAAAUGUACCAUACAAUUGGAUCAACCAGCAGAAAUCUAAUCAGAAUUGGCUGAGGAAAGAAGGGGACAAGUUCCUCUUUCCUGGUGGGGGUACUAUGUUUCCUAAAGGGGUUGGUGCAUAUGUUGAUCUGAUGCAAGAUCUGAUCCCAGAAAUGACAGAUGGAACCGUUCGAACUGCCAUUGACACUGGGUGCGGGGUUGCAAGCUGGGGUGGUGAUUUGUUGGAUCGUGGAAUUCUUACGGUUUCUCUUGCCCCAAGAGAUAAUCAUGAAGCUCAAGUCCAAUUUGCAUUGGAACGUGGAAUUCCUGCAAUCCUUGGAAUCAUUUCUACACAACGCCUUCCUUUUCCCUCAAACUCAUUCGAUAUGGCACAUUGCUCCAGAUGCCUUAUCCCAUGGACAGAAUUUGGUGGAAUUUACCUUCUAGAAAUACACCGCAUACUUCGUCCUGGAGGCUUCUGGAUUUUGUCUGGCCCUCCUGUAAACUAUGAAAACCGCUGGCGAGGAUGGAACACAACUGUGGAAGAGCAGAAAUCGGAUUAUGAAAAGUUGCAGGAUCUGCUAGCUUCUAUGUGCUUCAAACUGUACAACAAAAAGGAUGACAUUGCUGUUUGGCAGAAAUCUUCUGACAAUAGUUGUUAUGAUCAGCUGGCAAAUCCAGAUGCCUAUCCCCCAAAAUGUGAUGAUAGCCUCGAACCAGAUUCAGCAUGGUACACUCCACUUCGCCCUUGUGUCGUUGUUCCAAGCCCAAAGCUUGAGAAAUCUACUUUGACAUCCAUCGCUAAAUGGCCUAAGCGGUUGCAUAUUACACCUGAAAGGAUUUCAGAUGUUUAUGGUGGGAAUGCUAAUACUUUCAAGCAUGAUGACAGUAAGUGGAAGGUGCGAAUUAAGCACUACAAAAAGUUGCUCCCUGCCAUUGGGUCUGAUAAGAUAAGAAACGUAAUGGACAUGAAUACUGCUUAUGGAGGUUUUGCUGCGGCUGCAGUUGAUGAUCCCCUGUGGGUCAUGAAUGUAGUCUCAUCCUAUGCUCUUAACACACUUGCUGUGGUUUUUGAUCGGGGUCUCAUUGGAACUUACCAUGAUUGGUGUGAAGCUUUCUCAACAUAUCCUCGAACAUAUGAUCUCCUUCACCUUGAUGGCCUCUUUACUGCAGAAAGCCACAGAUGUGACAUGAAAUACAUGCUCUUGGAGAUGGACCGGAUCCUUCGGCCUAAUGGGUAUGCAAUAAUUCGGGAAUCCAGCUAUUUUGUGGAUGCUGUUGCUUCCGUUGCUAAGGCAAUGAGAUGGGGUUGUCGUAAAGAAGACACUGAGUAUGGUAUUGAGAAGGAGAAGAUAUUGAUUUGCCAAAAGAAACUCUGGUACUCCUCUAACAAGCCUAGCUCUAGCUCAAGAUGAACAUAGAAACCCAAGCCAUGAUGAGAAUCUCUUGGAGGGUUGAGUAUAAAUAUAAUUCCGGUAAUAGAAUCAAAGAGAAGAAAAUUCAAUACGGCUCACAGAGAGAUUAGUUCGGCCUAUAAAAGGCCAAAGUUAUUUAAAUUCAUAUUUUCAACUGAAAAUUAGUUACCCAAUAAUAUGAUUUUUGUUAAUUUAUAGGGCCUUUCGUAUAGAUAUAGAUGUAUUAAUUCUUUGUAAUCAAUGUGUUUCUGGUGUUUUGGUUGAUGAUAAAAAGCUAUCAUCGGGAGCCGACGCCAUAGGUUGAAACUCUAAAAAAAAAAUUCCGGUGAUAUUCCCAUUAUUAUUAUUUUAUUUUCCUUAUUUUGCGCAAUGUUGUCUUUGUAUGUUAAACUGUGUAAAGCAAUCAAAAAUGUAUCGAGGGAUUGGAAAUUCACACCCUCAUAGCUUGCCAUUUUUAUUUAUCAAAUGAAAUUUGUUGUGUUUUUUAAA